UUGAGUCGGUUGAAAAUGUUCUCUCAGAUAUGGAAAAUUCAACGAAAUAUGCUAAGGCAAUGAUUCUCCGAAUGCAGGAAUCAAAGAAUCAGUGGUUGCGUUCGUUUGAAGAAACAAUAAACUCUAUGCAAUCAAAGUUGCGACAGGCGAACAAUAUGUACGGACAUCUGAAUAAUCAGUUCCGACAUGUGGUGGCUGCAAACUGGUUUUUGCACGCUCGUAUUGCUAGCCAGGAAGAGACAAUACAAAAAGAUCAGGGCAUAUAUGAAAAGCUCCUAAAGGAAUAUGCAAAUUUGAAAUCUAAAAUAUCCGAAGAACAUUGUCGCCAAUCCCACAUUGAACCAGAUCGGCUGAGUGCAGAUCAAUCAAACGAUGAAAUUGAUGACAGAUCGAGAAAUGUCGGGGGAGAGAUGAUUUUACGACAACAACUGGACCAGAUGACAAGAGAAUACAAUGAACACUUACAAAAGUUAAAGACUGAAAACGAAUUGCUCGAAAAAAAUCAGCUGCAAGUACACGAAUGUUAUACGAAGGAGAUAAAACAAACGGAAGUUGAAAUUAAAAAACUACUGCGUGAAUUAAAGGCAUCUCGAACGCGUGAACUUUUGGCGAUAGCAAAAUCCCCGGAAGACAUGAUGAAAAUCUGUGUCAAAAACGAACAAACUCUUGUGAAGGAAAUGGACCUUAUUUCUCAAGAUGUAGCACAAAAAGAAAAUGAAAUAAAAGAACUUAAUUUGUCAUUAAAGUCCGUGGAGUAUCAAAGUAACGAGGACAGAAUCAAGUUACUUCGACAACUGCAGCGAAAGAAAGGGACAAUUGUCAUCCUGAAGAAGCAGAAACACUUACUGCACACGAGACUGAACACUGUGCAAGAAUCUGUUGAGUUACUGAAACAAGAGGUUACUACGGGCGUAAUCAGCGAACCAAGUCAGAAAUUGAAGCAGUUGAUCGAAAUAGAUGUGCAGUUAGAACAAGACUAUAAAAGGACUCAACAGGAUCUGCAGAACCAUGAAAGACGUUGUAGCGAACACGGGGUAGCUACUCCGAUUGAGCUUUUUGAAGAGAACAUUCUACAUGCCGAAGUUGCCGAAGUUUUGCGUGAAAACACAAUUCUUCAAGACAUAUCAAAAAUUUAUGAUCGAUUGCAACCGGAUGAGACAAGCUCACUUCAGGACGUACCAGGUUCGCACGAUGCCCUUGAUCCACUUAAGAUUCCUGAUCUUUACAAGAAUUUGUAUGAUAACCACUGGCGCGAUGCGUUUAAAGCGGAAAAUAUCAUUGAUUAUGAUAUGCGUCGAGAAAAAACCAUUCUUGAAAUUUUUGAGGAGGUAUGCGCAUUUUGUACAGAUAUAUUUGAUACACAGAAGAUGGUUAAGAUAGAGCGUUUGAAGCAAGAAUCAACUGAUGGUUGUUACCCAGAUGAGUCACGUGUGCUGGAAUUGAUGAGGAAUGAGACAACGGAGUGUUCUCUAAAUGUUAUGUAUCAGAUAUUCAACAAUCAACGAGGGAUGAUGUGGUUUAAACCAUCCAUAGAAGAUAAGUCCCUUUUCGUUAAAGAGAGUAUCCGAAUAUGUUGGUUAAUGAACCUCUCUGAGCCGCCUGUCUUAGUUCAUACAAACAUUAAAAGUGGUGACCAUUUUGAUCCAAAUUUCUAUCAACGAUAUGCUUGCAAAGGUAAAAAAGUUUAUUUCGUUGUGUUGCCCGCACUAGUGCGCAGGGAUGGAAUCGUUGUUGCGAAAGGUAUUGUUGAAUGUGAACCAUCAAAAGGAAAACAAACUAGACCAAGGAAAAUUCGUGUCAGAUCAAAUAUAAGGGACAGAUUGGAUAUUUUUAUUGCCCCGCUUUAUCAGGAAGGAAAAUAAAUUUUAAUUCCUUUCAAGUCUUCCAUGUGUCAAAUUCUUGUCGUUAAAAGUGUUGCUGCUAGAGUGAUAAAAAGUACACACAUAUAAACACGAUCUUUAGCGCCACCAUAUGUUGCUUCAAACGCUUUCGACAUGUAAGAAGAGGUGGCCAUUUGUUUGCAGAACAAUUACAUGGUUUUACUUGUGUAAUUGGAAGUACAAAAUGCUGCCAGAUGGAUGAAACAUUAUAAACAUAUCAAUCAUCGAACUUGCUCACCUCCUUAUUUCGGUAAUCUCUUUCAAUAUUUCCGGAGCUAUAGCCCUCUUUUGAUCAAACAACUAAUAUUUUUCGUAACGUGCGUAGCGCGUUACUAAAACGAAAUUACUGCCAGAGGGAUGAACCGAAUAAAACAUAUGUUGAACGUGUGCACCUAUAUAAUUUGGAUCGCUUUUUUCGAAAUUAUCUCAGUUUUGACACUCUAUUGGUAAAAAUGACAUUUUGCACUAGUGUUGCAAGUAAAUCAAACAUAUAUUGCUGUCAUAUUUAUGAAAGUUUGCAAUCACAUUAAACAUCAUCUUACUUGCCAAACUGAGGAUUGUCAGACCAACAGUUUAUUACCAUUGAUA